UAAAAAACCUGUGCUUUUGACCAGACCUUUUGUUUGUCAUUCGGUUACCUUUUUACCCCACUCUCACACACCCAAUUUCGAUACCGCAAUGACUUGUCAAUAAAACCCUAAUUUUCUAUUCCUGUUUUUCUCCACACUCUUUCUUUCUUUCUAUCUCUAACACUACAGGGUACUAUAAUUUUGUUCAAUCAAACCCCAAUCCAUAAUUUUGAUAUUUAUGCGUUCUGAUUUUGGCGAUCUGUGUGUUGGUUGGCUGCAGGGAAAAAGAGAGUAAAAACGAAGGAAAAUAGGGGGAAUUUAGGGAAACGGAUAUAUGUGAUAUGUCCGUCAAUCAAUCAAGGGCCGAUAGAGGUGAGACACACUAUAGGAAAACAGGGCGAUCCGCCAGCUCGAAUCAGCAGCGGAGCUCUUCAGGUGUUUACGGUAGGGGCGGUGGCGGAGGGCCCGCCCCUUCUCCUUCCAGCAGUUCAUCUUCGUCGGCUCUACCCUCCGGCCGAAGCGUUAAGAAGGGUAACAAUGCACAAGGAGGGCAAUCUAGAGGAAACGUACCUGCUGUGAAUUCUUCAGAGUCUAGUAAUGCUACCACUGCCCCGCGGAAUGUACAGAAUGGUGCCCAUAUUCAGCCGCAAGGACAUGGAACAUCUAAUGUAUCAGUAUCCAAUGGAACUGCUGCCAGGCCAACUGAAGUGUCAGUCCCUCAGAGGAGUAACAACAGAGCUGUUCCGAAAGCUCCAGCUUCUCAAACUUCCACCUUGACCUCCGGCAGUGGUGGGCCUGCCACCCCCAUUAAGGCCCCAGGAGAUGCACCAAAAGCUUUCCCAUUUCAAUUUGGGUCCAUAAGUCCGGGUUUCAUGAAUGGAGUGCAGAUUCCUGCUCGAACAAGCUCAGCUCCACCUAAUUUAGAUGAGCAGAAACGUGACCAGGUGAGGCAUGAGCCUAUUAUAUCUGGACCUCCAUUGCCAACUCCCGUUCCUAAGCAACAGGCAUCAAGGAAGGAUAACGGGAUUGAUCAGCCUAAUGUUACCGAGGUUCAACCAGUGUUCAAAGCCAAAAGGGAUAGUCAGGCGUCAGCUGCACCUUCAGUUAGCCAAACUCAGAAGCCUCCAGUUCUUCCCAUUCCAAUAACUUCUAUGCAAAUGCCAUUUCACCAGCCACAUGUUUCUGUGCAGUUUGGUGGACCUCAUCCACAGAUACAGUCUCAGGGUGUGUCUGGCACUUCACUCCAGAUGCCGAUGGCCAUGCCAAUAUCGAUGGGAAAGGCUCUUCAAGGACAGCAACAGGUGUUUGUUCAAGGUCUUCAGCAUCCAAUGCAGCCUCAAGGAAUUAUGCAUCAUGGCCAAAGCUUGGGUUUCACUACCCAGAUGGGUCCUCAGCUCUCUCCAAAUCUAGGCAAGCUGGGAAUUGGCAUGACCCCACAAUAUCCCCAUCAGCAGGGAGGAAAUUUUGGUGGUCCCCGUAAAACAACUGUGAAGAUCACUCACCCCGAGACUCAUGAGGAGCUGAGGCUGGAUAAACGAGCAGAUACAUAUAAAGAUGGUAGCACAUCAGUCCAAAGGUCUCAUCCUAAUGUACUGCAAUCCCAGCCAGUUCCAUCGUUUGGACCUUCUCAUCCAAUUAACUACUAUCCGGGCACUUAUAAUCCUAGUUCACUGUUUAUUCCUGCUCCAAGCUCUCUACCAUUAACUAGUAGCCAGAUAGCACCCAACUCUCAGGCACCAAGGUCUAACUAUUCUGUUAGCCAAGUUCCACAGAAUGUGUCAUUCAUGAACCAAAGUGCUACUCCUCUGCCUUUAAAUAAGACCGGAGCUGCAGUGCAUGGUUCUGCAGAACCUUCCAACUCAGAACAUUCUCGUGAUGUUCAUAAUGUGAUAACAUCCCUGCCAUCAGGAACAACAAAGGUGACUGUGAAACCUGCUACUGGUUAUUGUGGAGAAGUGGCAGAACCGUUGUUGAAUAAUAAUCCACUUGCCAUUGAAAAGAGUGGAUCUCCUAAAUCUUCUAGGCCAUCUGGAGAAGUUGGCUCAUCUUACUCUCACAGGGAUACCGAGGUUUGCUCUGAAAGCUCUUUGCAGCUACCAAAACCUGCCGGUGAAUCUUUUGCUUCCAAGCCAGUGGCAUCUGAGCAAACUGGGGUGGUUACUGCUGCUGUUUUGGUUGAUAAUUCAGUGACUAAUCAUUCGUCCUCCACUUCAGAUGUCCAGUUUGAAGAGUCUGUUCCUGGUGUGACCAAUACUGAAGGCAUAAAAAAGGAAAUUUUGAGGUCAAACUCUAUUGAAGAUCAUCAAAAGAGGCCAGGAAAGAAUAGACAUUUGCAACCUCAUCUUCAGGUCGUUGAACAACAUAAUGCUAUGAGUUUCCCCUCACGAGAUUCUGAAAGCGAUGAAGCUAAAGGAAUUGGUGCUUCUGGCACCAGUUUUGGAGGUGGCUUUGCAAGCAUUUCUUCUGAAGUUUCUGAUGAUGGAUCCAUUGUUCACACACUGGACACUGCUAAUAAUGCAAAGUUGGGUGAUUAUUCUCUACAGGAACAACUAGAUUGUGCAACUCUUGUGGCACAGGAAGCCGUAGGAAAAGCAAUGCUUGAAGGACCUAAAGAGGAUAGUGAUGGUUCCAAACUUUAUUCGGUUUCUAGUUCUUCAGAAUCUCCUUUAGUUGCUAAACAAGCUGAUCAGGGUUAUGUUUUUAAGGAAACAAGUAUCAGCAAUGAGGGUCCAACCUCCGAAACAGUGCAGAGAGGUUUGGAUGAACCUGUGAAUUGCUGCAAAAAAGCAGAUGAUACAUCUGAUAAUAUUGACACAUUGACUUCCCUGAUGGAUUCCAGUGAUUUUGAAAACUCUGCAGGUGAUAAUAUCACCGUUCUUGAUGCUUCUACAAGUAAGAGUGAUUUGAUGCGUAGGAGUGAAAUUUCUGUUAUGAAGACUGUGAUGCAAGACCAACAGCCUGAUCCUGUCACAAGUGCUGAUCUUUCUGAAGAAACUUCAAAAGACGGUGUGGAGAGCACUAUUUCUGGCAUGACCUCCCUUUCCAUUUCUACUUCCAAGUAUAAACCCAUUCCAGAACUGACUAGGCUAAAGAGUAGUAAUGCUAAAGGGAAAAAGAAGAUGAAAGAACUUCUACAGAAAGCUGAUGCUGCUGGGACAACUUCUGAUCUUUACAUGGCAUAUAAAGGGCCAGAGGAAAAGAAAGAAUCUGCUGUUUCUUCCAAAGUCACUGAUAGCGUUACUUUGAAGCAGGAGUCUGCUGAUGUUCAUCGAGGAGAUGAUGCAGUGAGCGAGAAAGGGGUGCAGAAUAAAGCUGAGCCUGAUGAUUGGGAAGAUGCUGCUGACAUCUCUUCAUUGAAACUUGAAAGUCCAGCCAAUGCGGGGGAAGUUCAUGGAGGAUCAUUGAAUUAUGGAAAGGAUGGAAAUGAAAAUACAGACAAAAAGUAUUCUAAAGACUUUCUCUUGCAAUUCGCAGAAAAGUGUAAAAAUCUGCCUGAGGGUUUUGAAAUUGCAUCAGAUAUAGCCGAGGCCUUGAUGAAUACAAAUGUGAAUGUUUCUUAUCCUAUUGAUUUGUAUCCUAGUUCUGGAAGAGUUAUAGAUAGGCAUUCUGGGGGUUCCCGUGUUGACCGUCAUGGGAGUGUCAUGGUUGAUGAUGACAGAUGGAAUAAGCAGCUAGGUCCUUUUGGAGGGAGAGACCCACGUCUUGAUAUUGGUCACGGAAGCAAUGCAGGAUUUCGUCCUGGUCAAGGAGGCAAUUAUGGUGUUUUAAAAAAUCCUCGUGUACAGGUUCCUGUGCAAUAUGGAGGGAUUUUAUCUGGGCCAAUGCAGUCCAUGGGCUCUCAGGGAGGGAUGCAAAGAAAUAGCCCUGAUGGAGAUAGGUGGCAGCGUGCUACUAAUUUCCAGCAGAAGGGUUUGUUUCCUUCUCCGCAGACUCCAUUACAGGUUAUGCAUAAAGCUGAGAGAAAGUAUGAAGUGGGCAAAGUGACAGAUGAGGAACAGGCCAAGCAACGACAAUUAAAAGCUAUACUGAACAAGCUGACACCUCAGAACUUUGAAAAACUGUUCGAGCAAGUAAAAGCAGUUAACAUUGACAAUGCUGCCACUCUCACUGGUGUCAUUUCACAAAUUUUUGACAAAGCUUUGAUGGAGCCUACUUUCUGUGAAAUGUAUGCAGACUUUUGUCACCAUUUGGCUGGUGAGAUGCCUGACUUCAGUGAAGAUAACGAAAAGAUAACUUUCAAGAGAUUGCUUCUAAACAAGUGUCAGGAGGAAUUUGAGAGAGGAGAGAGAGAGCAAGAAGAGGCAAAUAAAGGUGAUGAAGAGGGUGAGGAUAAAUUGUCUGCGGAGGAAAGAGAAGAGAAAAGAGUGAAGGCACGGCGACGAAUGUUGGGUAACAUUAGACUAAUUGGGGAGUUGUACAAGAAGAAAAUGCUUACUGAGAGGAUCAUGCAUGAAUGCAUUAAGAAGUUGCUGGGUCAAUAUCAAAAUCCAGAUGAGGAAGAUGUUGAGGCUCUUUGCAAAUUAAUGAGCACGAUUGGAGAGAUGAUUGACCAUUCCAAAGCCAAGGAGCAUAUGGAUGCGUAUUUUGACAGGAUGGAAAAUUUAUCAACCAAUAUGAAAUUAUCUUCAAGGGUUAGGUUCAUGUUGAAGGAUUCAAUUGAUCUUAGAAAAAGAAAAUGGCAGCAGAGGAGGAAAGUUGAAGGGCCAAAAAAGAUAGAUGAAGUACAUAGAGAUGCUGCUCAAGAACGACAGGCACAAACAAGCAGGCUAGCCCGUGCACCUAGCAUGAAUCCUUCAAGAAGGGCACCUAUGGAUUUUGGCCCAAGAGGUUCAAACAUGAUACCUUCCCCAAAUUCCCAAAUUGGUGGUUUCCGUGCGUUGCCUAGCCAGACUCGUGGGUCUGCUGCUCAGGACGUACGAAUGGAGGACCGACAGUCUUAUGAGGCGAGGACCUUGUCUGUUCCCUUGCCUCAAAGACCCAUUGAUGAUUCUAUUACUCUAGGGCCCCAAGGUGGCCUUGCUAGAGGAAUGUCCAGACGAGGAGCAUCAACAAUUCCUAGCUCUCCUGUGGCUAAUAUUUCUUCCGUCUCUGGGGACUCGAGAAGUAUGGCAACUGGUUUGAAUGGUUAUAGUUCUGUAUCAGAUCGAACAACCUACAGCCCAAGGGAGGAUCUCCUCAGGUAUGCUCCUGACAGAUACGCAGUUCCUGCUGCUUUUGAUCAAUCCAGUGGUCUAGAUCGUAAUAUGAGUUACUCUAAUCGCAACAUAAGAAAUCAAGACCGUAGCUUUGAAAGAUCCGUUGCUACUUCACCUCCUCCAAGAGGGCAGCCAUCAGCUUUCACCCAGAAUGUUCCUACAGAAAAGGUGUGGCCUGAAGAACGCUUGAGAGACAUGUCUAUUGCAGCCAUAAAAGAAUUUUACAGCGCACAGGAUGAGAAAGAGGUUGUUCUAUGUAUUAAAGAUUUGAAUUCUCCGAGCUUCCAUCCAUCGAUGGUCUCCCUCUGGGUUACUGACUCCUUUGAGAGAAAGGACAUGGAACGUGAUCUAUUGGCUAAGCUUCUUGUCAACCUUACAAAGCCCGGGAAUGCUGUGCUGAGUCAAAGCCAGCUCAUGAAAGGGUUUGAAUCAGUUCUCACCACUUUGGAAGAUGCAGUAAAUGAUGCCCCGAAGGCACCAGAAUUUCUUGGCCGCUUGUUUGCCAGAUUCAUUUUGGAAAGCUUGAUCUCCUUGAGAGAGAUUGGGUUGUUGUUACUUGAUGGUGGAGGGGAGCCUGGUGGACUUCUGGAAGUUGGGCUUGCAGGUGAGGUUCUUGGGAACACCUUGGAGUUUAUUAAAUCUGAGAAAGGUAAAAGUUCCUUGAAUGAAAUUAUUGUUGGCUCCAAUUUGCGGUUGGAGAAUUUCCGGCCUCCAGAUCCUAACAUAUCAAGGACAUUAGAAAGAUUUAUUUAGAUGAUAGCGAUGCUCAUUUGUAUCUUGCAAGAAGAAAUUAAUGUUAAAUGCUCCUAGGGUUACUAUUAAUUUGGAAAAGAAAGUAUUUUUCUUUGUUUGGGGGCUCUAUGUAUGGGGUUCUCAGAUCCAAGUGUUAUUAUUAUUUUUGCAAAUAUUCACCGAUAUUAUGAAAGGAUCAAUUGAGCAUCAAAUAUGUAGGUCAUGGCUUUGGUGACGGUUUCAUCAGUGAUUUGCUUC